AUGACGCGCCCUCGAAGCGCUGAACAAAUGUCAGCGCGCGAAGAAAGAUUUGCGCCGCAAUCUUGGGAGGCUCUGCGCGAGUCUGGUAACCCUGUCUACGACAUUUCUCGAGAGUACGCAGUCGUAUUCCCGGAGAAGAUUCCGGCUGAACUUCCUGCUGAUCGUGUUGUUCGGCACAAGAUCGAUCUCGUGCCAGGAUCGAAGUUUUGUGUGACACGGCAGUGGCCGUUGCCUCGAGACCAAGUCGAGGAUAUUGAUGCAUUCUUUGAAGGUCGUCGCAAGGCCGGUCGUGUGCGUGAGAGUGUCACACCCCAUUCGAGUCCAAUUUUCUUCGUGAAGAAGGCUACGGAAGGCUAG